GUUUAACUCUCCCUUUCCCUCACCUUCCUCUCUCUCUCUCUCUCUCUCUCUCUCUCACCGUGGUCCUAACCCUAACCCUAAACUGGUUCUCGAUCUCGAUCUCGAUCUCGACCUUGCUCUCGAGUUUGCUUUCUACUUGGACCUGCGAUCUGUGGCAAUGGUGGCAUUUGGUGAGGGAGGAGGCGAUGGGCGGUGAGGGAAUCUGCGGCGAUGGGGAAAGAAGACGAGGAGCGGCCCCCCGGCGCCGCGGCGCCGGAGUCGGCGGCGGCGGCGUCGGGGGCGGGAGCGGGGAGCGGCGGCGGCGGUAGCUGCGCGCGGCGGUGCGGGGGGGUCGUGAGGCCCCGGUGCGCGGCGGCGCUCUUCCUCGGCGCCGCCGUGCUCCUCUCCGCCGUGUUCUGGCUCCCGCCGUUCGCAGGACGGCGCGGCCGGCGGGCGGGGGCGCCGGAUCUGGACGGAGGCCUUGGAGCUGACAUAGUUGCAAGUUUUAGAUUGCAAAAGACAGUUGCUGAGCUGAAAGAAAACGUAUCAAAGCUGGAAAAUGACAUUUAUGAUGAAAUUGGUGUUCCUUAUUCUUCAGUGGCUGUAAGUUCUUUGGAACGGAUAGCAGGAUCAAAUUGGACAAAUGUGGUCUUUGGCAUUUGGCCAUAUCCUAAAAACUCGUCUAUAUUGCCAACAUGGCUGAGCAUUCUCCGAUCUUCUUUUAUGUCCUUGGUUGUACAGCAAUCGACCCUCCAUUUAACCACAUCUUUGUUUGGGAAUGCAUCCCUCUUCGAGGUGCGAAAGUUCCCAGGAGGAAUAACAAUCAUCCCUCCACAGAAUGCGUUUCUUCUGCAGAAACCUUAUGCUUCAUUUAACUUCAGUUUGAACUUUGCCAUUUACAAAGUACAAGACAAAGUCAGCCAAUUGAAAGAUCAAAUGAAGUUGGGUUUGUUUCUCAAUUCUCAUGAGAAUCUGUACGUUAAAUUGACAAAUUUGGAGGGCUCUACUGUUACACCCCCAACAAUUGUCCAGACCGCUAUUAUACUUGCAGUCGGAAAUAACAAACCCUCCUUACCAAGAUUGAAGCAGUUGGCUGAAACGAUCUCUAAUUCGUCUUCAGGAAAUCUGGGUUUAAACAACACCGUAUUUGGCAGAGUAAAGCAGGUCCGCCUAUCCUCUUAUCUCCAACAUUCUCUGAACAGUGCAACUUCACCAAGUCCUGCUCCUCAACCUCAUCAUGAACAUCACCACCACCAUCACCAUCACCACCACCAUAGCGAUCAAGGCAAUAAACAUUUAGCUCCUGCGCCGCCUCCUACUGCUUCUGCUCCUGCUAGGCACUAUAAUUCCCUAGCUCCACCCCCCUCUGGUUGCCGAUUUACACACCCAAGAAAGCCCAAGGAGAAAGCUCAUCAUCUUACUCCGGCUGUUGCACCUGUUACUUUUCAACACCAUACUGCUCCUGUUGCUUCUCCUCCCCCUUCUAUAGCACCUGCAGCUGUUCCGCAGAAUUCACGUGCGCCUGUUGGACACAGAGAUACCCCUGCUCCAGCUCCACCGUUCCUUUCAGCAUCUCCACUUCCUGCUGUUGUUUUCACUCAUGUGCAACCUCCAAGUGAGAGUGUGAGGAGCAUUAAGCCUCCCGAUGGAAUGCCGGCAAUGGCACCUGCUCCUUUCUCAUCUUCUGCUUCGGGCUUGUCUCCUGUUCACUGCGUUGUCGUGCUGCUGCUCUUGUAUCUGUUAGCGAGUUUACUGUGAGGUGAGGUGUCGAACAAUUCCGUUCUCCAAUUCUAAACUACGAAAACAUCCAAGAAAUUGCGGUGGUGCUGGUUCGUUCGCGGUGCUGCUGCGUAAGAGAGGAGCUGUUUUUGCAUGUGGGUGCCACGCAAAAUGGGGGGGGCACCUCUUUAAAAGUUGUAACCCUGUAAUGCUUGUAUAUAUGGAUAUAAGGCGACGGGCAAUUAUGUAAUCGCGGUCAAAGCCACAGGAGGUGGCGGGCCCUUGUUGCCGCAUAUUUGCCUCGUUGCUAUGUUACUAUUCGGCAGAAAAAUCAAAGGAAAUGUGGUUUUGCCAUGACAAGGAGACUGGUUUUCAUUUUAGAGCUGCCUUUUUAUUCGUUUUUCGAUGUGCCAUCUUUCGUUCUUCGGACCAUCUCCUCUUGCAUUAGAUUGCAAUCCACGAGAAAUUGUAAAUGAAGUGCUUUAAAAGUUACGACUUGGACGCGUUUUUUCGGCUUGUGUUA